AUGGACCUCUUGCUCCCACAGCGACUGGUCGGUGUCGAUCUCCGAACAAGCGAGUCGUUUGACUGCGAAGAAGGCUUCGGUGACGGACUCUUCCAAAAGAAGAUGCUCCUUCUGAUUCUUCUGGGGGCCUUCUCGAUUAAUUGCCAAAACAACCUGGUGUCCGUCGUCACCGGUGACGUCGACCAUUGGUGCAAGCCGCUCGCCGGCUUCAACAUCUCUGCAGCCGAUUGGAAGGAUUUUGCCAUACCGCUCGAGCCUGAUGGACGCUUCAGCCGCUGUCGCGUCUACGAACGCUGCAAGCCACCCGCUGAACCCGGCAAUUCCGCUGAACACGGGAAGAGCGGCGCUGGACCUGCCGUGGCCGACUGGUGGUACAGCAGAUGCUUCCUCAGCGAGCUUGAACUCCCGGACACCAACGACACACGCGACGCGCCCUGUGAAGAGUGGGACUACGACACUCGGAUGGCCGAGACCAGUGCGGUGAGCUAUUGGAACAUGGUGUGCCACCGACGUUUGCUGCCGGCCGCCCUUGUCACCCUGCAGAACGCCGGUGCCGUCGUUUCCCUCAUCCUGGCCGGAGCCUUCGGGGACUACGUCGGCAGGAGAGCCAUACUCCUGGGCUCAGCUGUGGCGGUGGUUACCUGCACGGCAUGCACCUUCAUGGCGACAAGUUACGUGCAUUACGCUGUGGCACGCUUCCUUACCGCUGCCAGUGUCGCCGUAUACUCAGUUUUUACAUUUCUGAUACCGUUUGAGGUGAUGACGCACACGCACAGGCCACACCAGGUCCUGUUUCUGGCGAUGAUGGGUUUUGCAUUGUCCGAGGUUUGGAUCGUCAUCGCCAAACACAUGGUCAUCGACUGGCGUGUGAAGCAGGUCAUCUUCCUCUCUCCGACGGCUCUCCUGCUCCCUGCUUUGUCUACAGCGCGAGAGUCACCCCGCUGGCUCGUCGCAAAAGGAAGGCUGGACGCGGCUGAAGCCGUCAUGAUGCAGGGGGCCAAUACCAACAACUUCCCGAUUGCGGUCACGGCCUGUCUCAUGGAGAAGCUCAGGGAACAGAUCAAGAACCGCGAGGGUCAGGAAGCCGCAGACAAAGACGACUUGAUCGACUGUCACUCCCUCCGACGUCGAGCGUUGACAAUGUUCUCUGUCUGCUUCUCUAUAUCAUUAGUCUUUUACGUCAACGCUUUCUCGACGGCGCAAUGGAGGGGCUUCAGGCUCUCCGGCCUCACGGUCGUGGUCACGGUGUUUACGUACACGGCGAUGCACUUCCUGAUGACCGGCGUCACCCUUAUUACAGUACUUAGCAGCUGCUUCGUGAUAACGGGCGUCAUCCAAUGCGCGCUCAGUAUCGCCGCCAGCGCUGGACUCGGCACCAUCACUACGAUCUUGCUCGUGCUGUCUAAGGGCUCGUCAACUGUGAUUCUGGUCCACUGUUUCACGUACGUCCUUGAGCUGUUCCCAUCGGCCGUGCGGGGCGGCGCCGUCUGCUGGGCCUUCGCCUGUGGACGUGUCGCGGCCGUGUGCGCGUCAAUGACCUUCUUACUGAAGCCGGCCGGACACGAAGACGUGGUUUUUGCCCUGACGGGACUGUUCCUCUUCGCCUCUCUGCUCGUCAUCCGUGCCCUGCCGCGCACGACGGUGGUGGAGGAUGCGAAAUUCGUGGCCAGGCGGCCUUCGGACUCCUCUAGAAUGUCCAUGGAUCACAUGAAGCGGACUCUGCAGCGGCAAACGCCACUCAAGACGGCCAAGACCGCAAGCACGGCCAAGACCGCAGGCUCGGAAACCUCCAAGCCUUUCGCCAAGAAGAGUCGAAAAAGUGGUAGCGAUAACAGCCCUAAGACAUCCCGACAAUUUCGCACUGACCGCAAACAGAAGUAA